AUGUUCCCGGCGGAAGCCAAAAAACGCCGAGAGCGUGCUGAAGAGGAGUGGAAGGAGUACGAGGAAAUGCGCCGUGCUGAACGCGAAAAGGAAGACGAAGAGAUUAGAGAGCUGCGUGAGCGACGCGAACGCCGCAGGAAGGAAAGAGAGGAGGAGGAAAAGCGCUUGGCAGAACAGCGAGCCGUUGAGGAGCAGAAAAAGCGCGCUGAAGAUGAAGAACGCCUGCGCAAGAAGCGUGAGGAGGAACAGCGGAAACGAGAGGAGCGCGAACGCAAACGCGCCGAAUUUGAAGAGAAGUCAAAGCAGGCGACACGCCGCAACUUCGUCAUCAACAAGAAGUCGGGCUCUGUUGAGACUGAAGUCAAGAAGGAGGAGGUCACUAAGUCAAAGGAGCAGUUGGAGGCUGAACGCAAGGCCAUUUUGGAACAGCGUAUCCAGCCACUGCAGAUCGAUGGCCUUAAGGGUGAUGCACUUCGCGCCAAAGCCAAGGAGCUUAAUGAGCUCAUCAUGAGACUGGAGGGUGACAAGUAUGAUCUGGAGCAGAGAUUCACGCGCCAAAGCUAUGACAUGCAAGAGUUGGCUGAACGUGCGCGCCAGAUGAACAAGGGGGACCCCUUGGCCGCAAAGAUCAGCGGAAUUCCGCCCAAGGUAGCCAUGUAUAGUGAGUAUGAGCGUGUGAAGGAUCACCGAACCUUCGGUGAGCGAAAAACCGUUUUCGCCGGUCCCCUCUUCGUGGAGCGCUAUGAGCGCAUUGAGCCCCAAACCACGGUCGUCAUGACUGAGGACGGUUUCGUG